GUCGUUGAAAUGUCUCCUCUCAAAGCAACCGUGCUUGCUCUCAUGAUGCUCGCUGCUGCACAUGCGAGCCCGACGCCCACAGCCAUGGUAUAUACGUGACCGCACACUUGCUCUAUUCAGGGUUUCGACGACUGACUCGAUUUUCCCCUUUGCACCAGCCUCGUCGUGGAUUUGUAAACGUCGGUGCUCUGUCGAUCAACAUGGGCAAUGUCGGAAACGACGGCAUCAAAGUGUCUGCCAAUUCUCAUGCUCUCGACCUCGCAUCGCAGAGCCCCAACGGUCCGGUCAACGUCGGUGACAACGGGUCGGUCUCACAAGAAAAAAACAAGCAAGUGAUGAGCAUGGCGAGUGGCUUCUUCUCUCAAAACGUAGCAGGCCACCAGUCGAACGUUGGGCCGCACGAGACCAUCUCCCUGGGCAAAAACGGACAGCCCAAAUACCAGAAUGGCGUCUUGAUUUCCCAAGGCCCCAAUGGACAGAGCCGAAAGACGAUGGCGCCGAGCGAGACCUCUUUGAUCUUUUCCCAGUCCACCGCCUCAAUGCGGCCUUCGCAGGUGAGAGAAAGCAGCAACAGCCGCACAUCGGGCGCUCUGGGUGCUCACGGUCCAGACAUGUUGUCGAAUUUCGUCGUCUUGCUCGGCAUUGCCUCUCUGUCCGUCUUCUUCCUCUGAACCCCAGCCUUAGUACGCACCAUGAUGUAGAAUAUACUUUAGCACGAGAUCGCUCACAACGUCAUCCUGUAGACAUUGUCCAUGACCGCGGCAUCCCUCAUGCUGACGACCUGUUGAAUAAGAAGGUAUCCGCUCUGCCUGCUUUGCUC